GUGCUGUCAUCCACGCGUCGAAAGCUGUUGAGGCUUCUAACAUCGCUGGGAAUCUGGUUCCUCGUGGACCAGUGCGGACGCAACUUCGUGCUGAAUGGCUGCAAGCCGACUGGAGAUGCUUUCCGGAAGACUGCCAUGAUCGGUUCGCAGCGGCCGACUCUCUUUGCGACUGCCCCCCCUGAGGGCACCCUGAGACUUCGUGCCUUUGGCAUGACGGAGAUAUCAUCGGAGACCCUCGUUCAGUUCUUCAACACAAUCCUGGCCAUUGCACCGGCAGUGGCAUGCAGCUUCUUUCUUCGUGUAGGGAAAGCGGGCUUGGACAGCUCCCAAGGCGAUUUUCUGGGUUUCAAGGAGUGGGAGACGGCUAAAGAGAGCUCUCGAAGCGUUGACAUCGGGAGGGUCCUGACAAGCUUGGACCUGCUCCGUGAGUUGCAAGGGCCGCUGCUGCUCUUCAACCUCGUAUCUGCCGUGGCUUGCUUGGGGCAAGGACCUGUGGACCUGACAUUUCCUACCAUGCCUUUCAUCAUCGGCUUCCUCACGUUGAGCUUGCUCCUGGCGUUCCGGCUGACGGGCGCGCAGUCCCGCACAUCUCGGGCCUAUGAUCUCUGGGACGAUGUAUUGAGCAACUGCAGGAGCCUGCUGCAGUUCCGGGACAGCCUGCGACGUGACCACUUCAUGGAGCUCGCCCGUUGGAUCCCAGCGUUCCCCGCAGCUCUGCUGUGCCACGUGAGCUCCGGGCUGGACUUGAGGACCCAGCUGCGGCAGUCCCGGGGUCCGGAUCAUGAGGCGCACGAGGUCCCGGAGAUCGGCGGCUUGACGGAGGCUGAGAUCGCCGAGGUGAUGAACCGCCCUGCCGGGAUUUCGGCACCUCUCUUCGUCGUGCACCGACUGGCCGCGAUUUCAAAGAAGAUUGACCUAUCGGACACCGAACGCAUGGCCAUGGAUGUCUAA